AUGGCUGUCUCGCCCGCAGGUGGCACAGACCUCAAUCUCUCCCCAUCCUCAAUUACAGCCAACUGCAAUUGUGCCUCAAGCCCCGCCCACGACACUCUCAGCGCGACCAAGUCGAGCAAAUCAAGCAGAUCAGCGCGGAACACUGUUCAUUGGGAUCAAGACAUCCUCGAUCCCUCCGUCAAGGAGAACACUGGCCCAGAAGCGCAGCAAAACAAAGCACCAACCAACACCUCCACCAAGGGCUUCCACUGGACCCUCCGCUCCCAGGAUAUUCUUUCUGAUCUCAGUGACAAAAAGUUUCGCGGUCAGCGACACCGUCCUCAGCUCGUGGCAGAGACGUUCACUGCCCCGGAGGUGCUCGCCGAGUCUAUUGACAGCCUCUCGGCUCACAACGAUUCAUUUGGUGAUCACGACUUAGUCAAGGCAGCCAGACGUCUGGAUCCCCUGGAGAACACUUUCGAGAAGCACAGAAAGAAGCAAUUUCAAUGGGUUCUGUCCCUGCCAGCUUCAGUCUGCUCAAGUCCUGACCAGCCCCGCCCGUCGUUGGAUAGCCAACUGAACAUCACUGCCUCCUGCAUUCCCAGUCAAAGCGACAGGCGGUACUUCGGUUGUAACUUGCUCACUUGGACCGAGGCAGUUGGAAGAGAGGACCAACUUCCUGGCGACCCUGAGGACGAGUACUUGCUUCUGGCAACGCCCAUUGAUUUGACACCGGACCAGACUACAACAACCGAUCCCGAAAUUACUUCGCACCGAUUCCGUGUCCUUCGGCAAAAAGAUCACGACCUUGUAAUGGCUACCUCUCGAAUGAUGAGCAGCCCUGCCAGCGCCGCAACCAGCGGACGCGGUCACUUUAACACCACGCCUCAGAGUGCGAAUUGGUCCACUGCUGCAGAUGCAUCAGAGGACAGCGAUAACACUCUCACUAUCGAACCACCCCGGCGUCUUAUGACGGCACCUAUGAGCACGAUCGAGGAUUCUUUCGAAGAGCUCGACCAGCUUGAGGAUGAAUUUGAAGCUGUAGCAGCAGCCACGCGCUUGGCCCAAAUGUCGAACGCCGGAGAAAAGAAACCCAGGGAUCAAGUCGCUCAGUACUCACCUUCCCCCAAGCCGGCAUCGAAGACGACCACGCCCAACGGCAAGGCAACUUUCAAGAUGGCCAGCUCUGUGCGAGGCAAGCCAAGCGAGUCGUUGCCCCGUAGCUCGACGCGCAAACCCUCGCCUCCGAAGGCAGACUCGGAAGCUGAGAAACCAAACCUUACAACUACCACCAGGAAGGUGGCUCGACCAGCCAGUCUGGCCCCACCAAAGCCCUUACAGCGGGCCAGCAAGACACCGACUAUUCCUACCUUUGAGCUGCCGGGCGAAAGGGUCGCGAGGGAGCUCAAGGAGAAGAAAGCAGCCAGACUUUCCAUGCAGCUCGACUCGCUGAAGCUUGCCGAUGACAAGGCUGCGUCUCAGCGGCCGCCUUCUUUCCGGUCUAGCAAGCCACCCACGAUCCCUGACUUUGAGCUUCCUGGUGAAAGGGUCGCCAGGGAGCUGAAGGAGAAGAAGGCAGCCCGGUUGUCCAUGCAGGUCGACCCUCAAAAGCUUGCUGAGUCCAGCCCUCCGCCCCAACGGGUCCGCUCUGUGAGGUCCAGCAAGCCCCCGACGGUCCCUAAUUUCGAGCUGCCGGGUGAGUCGCACUCGCGGAUGAAGAAGGAGCGGCUCGCGGCGAGGCUCAAGGCCGAAGAGGAAGAGAUUCGCCAGCGGCGCCAGUUCAAGGCUCGGCCGCCACCUAGCAGCGUGGGCGGUUCUGCGACUGUACGCUCGACCUUUACUAGCCGUCAGCGUGAGUCCCAGGGUGGAACAUCGGACCAACAGAGCACAGUCUCCCCGUUGGGCGCCUCACCCAGGUCUGGGGCGGGCAAACGCCAAUCGGUCACGAUGACACCUUCGGUGGCUCGUACCGUUAGCAACGCGUCCGCGUCCACCGCGCAAACAAAUCGCGGGCGCACCUCCAGCGUCGGAUCAUCCCACUUCAGUGCUCGCGCAACCUCCUCGUCCAACGCUAGUGUCGUGUCGGCCAGCAAGCGGAGCCAGGUAUCUAAUGAGGAGAUGCAGGAGCAGAAGUCCCGCGGCAGGGAGAUCUAUACGCGGGACAACUCGUACGGCCAGGACAAGGAGCGAGAGAAGCUUGAGCGCCAACAGGCAGUCCAGUUGGCGCGACAGAAGUAUGCCGAGCAGAACCGCAUGCGGGUUGCGGGCAAGGGCCUGAAGCAGCAGCAGCCAUCGACUGCUCCCGGGGCAGGCCUCGACUAG